AUGACUGAAUCAAACCCACCUGAGGAGAAUGUUGUCAAAGAAGAUUUUCGAACAAAGCAAAUUCAUGAAUUAGAACAGCUUCAGAUCGUUCUUGAUGAAAAUAACUCUUUGCGUGCAAAAUAUAAUGCAUUGCAAACUCAAGUUACUCCUCUCGUUGAUAACUUUGGCCAUGUAUCAACUCAACCAAUACAACAAAUGCAAAAUGAACAAGCUUUAACUCCAGAAGAAAUUGAAUCUUUACGUACAAAAUUAGAACAAACGUUGGCUGACUACAGAGCAGAAACUCUUGCUGCAGGACAACUUAAUUCAGAAAUAGAAAAGAUGUAUACUACUCUUUCUUCAUUAAAAAUGACAUUUCGUCUUGAUCAAGAUAAUAAAUUAACUGCUCAAAAUAAAGCCUCAGCAUUAACUCUGGAAAACUUCAGAAAGAAAACUCAAAGCGUUAAGGAAACUUGGGAGACAGAACGUCAACGUUUAGAGAAACAAAUUGGAUUUUUAAAGAAAGUACACGAAUCUUCAUCAGAAGAUAUCAAAGAGUUUGAGGAGCAAAUGAGGACUAAUAACAAGGGUAUUAUGCAUCUUUCUUCUUCAAUAACAAUUGCAAAAGAAGAUAUUCGUGAUUUUACAGAACAAUUACAAAAGAUCGAGCCCAAACUCAAAGAAUUUGAAGAACUACAAAAGAAGCACCAACAAAGCGAAGUCCUUCUCGUUGAACUAAGUGAUCAAUUUGAAUCUCUUAAAAAAUCUGUCGAAACAGACUCUCUUACAGCAAAUGUACGUCGACAGAUUGACUACGGACAGAAGACAAUCAAUGAAAUCAACCGCCAAAUCGAUAAACUCCAAUGCGAAACUGUUGCAAUUCAAGAGAAGUCCAGAGACUAUCGUACACGUAUUACAGACCUAGAAACGCGUCUACAGAAGAUGAAAUCGGAAGCUGAGAACCUUGAAAACGUUGCAAAAGAUUUGGCUGCACAGAAAAAACAACUUCAGCUUGAAUUAAGAGAAUUUCGUGCAGUUUAUGAAGAAAGAGGUGGCCAGAAUGAUGUUAUAUCUAAGAAGAUUGAAGAUGGUGUAACUCUUGAUAAACAACCUUGGGAAAUAAGAAAACAAAUUAUUUCAUUGAAAAAUGACGUUAGAGACAUGGAAAAUAUCCAAAAGAAACAGAAAGAGUUCGAAAAGAUGCUUACAUCAACAACUGUUACUACUAAAGGAAUUCCUCAAAGAAAGAGAAUUCCAAUGAUUCCUUUGAGUAAUCAAAAAUAA